GCAAUAAGAGAUGGUUUAUCUUUAGUUUGGUGGCUUGGAAUUAGAAGAAUUGAAGUUGAGACGGAUUCACAAGCAGCGAUACUAUUGAUACGCGGAAAUGCCCCUUCAACCCAUCCAGACUGGGUAUUGAUAGAUGAUUGUCGUAGUCUUCUGACAAAUAAUUGGGAGGCUACGAUUUCUUUUGUGCCAAGAGGAGCUAAUUCUGUUGCCGAUUGUCUAGCUAAACUAGGACACCAAUUAGGGCACUCCGAGGAAUGCUGGGAUACUGCCCCGCCGAGUGUGGAGUUAUAUUUGCGCCAAGAUAAAAUGGGAGUUGGACACAUUGGGAACCCGAAUACGACUUGA